AUGAAUUACAGAAAUUCACGUAUUAACAUACUCAUCCAGUCUCACUAUCAAGGACCCCCUCCUUCCGGAGGAUAUUCUCAAGGAUAUCAUCAAAGUGCACAUCAAGGUGCACAUCAAGGUGCAAAUCAAGAUCCACAGCUGGGUAAUUACUAUCAACAAGGCCAGAAUCCACAGUAUUACCAACAACCCACACAUAUCAUCAUGGUUCCACCUAAAGAGACUAAGACUAGUCGGUGUAUUGAGUGUUUGACGUGGUGCUCUUUUUGA